GCGAGCCAUGUGGUGAGCGGAAAAGGAUUCCAUCUGGAUGCCGUGAGGAUUUAUAUACCAAGCAAUUGCUCUCUGCCAAACGGAAGAACGAACGAGCCAAGGAGAAGGUAUUGACCUCAUCAUCCUCGUCCAAUGAACUCGACGGGAAUUGGAUCGGAGUUGUAAGAAGACCGUGGAGGCAGGCAGAGUCAAUAGAGACAUGUGGCAGAUCGACUCCACAGUGAAACAAUACGGACCAGCGAUCGUAAGGAAUCUGCAAGGGUUUACGAUCUCGAUAGAGUGUGAAACAGAUUGCACGACGCUCCGCGUUUGUGGGUUACACGAUUCUUGUAACUACUAUGAAGAUUUAUACUUGUCGAGCUCGGUUUCUCAUUUCGAGUUUUGGAAGCUGAUAACUGGCAGUUGCAACUGUUCUUGAGCUUAUGUCCCAUGACCCAUUGAACGCGCACAGUGUCCAUGGGAUCAAAUCGGUGUUCCGGGGACAGCUAUGUCAGAAACUGUGCCAGUCAUAAAAAGCUCGUGGUAUUAUAUACUUUAUAGUAAAGUACUAUUGUGAACGCUUCUGUUGCCGGAGCUCAUUUCGUCUUCUUCCAGUCCGUCCUUCAUUUGCUCGACAUGUUCAGCACUACUGCUGGACCAUCACUGUUCGAGGCACUCUGCAUGUGCAGCAGGAAUCCAGAUGGGAAUCCAGGAGCAUAAACUGUCGUUUCCGUGUGCGAUGAAUGGGCGACUCACGCCUCUGGUUCCAGCCCUUAUAUAUUGAUUCGGUCGAUGACGGAUAGGGAAUUUCAGCAACUCUCUCGCCCAUUUCAUUCAUGUGACAGGCUUUCGGAGUCAAGUGUCAUUCCAGUGCUGGAGUGAGGGGAUAGUCACUGGUCAGCCGGUCCCAUGUACUUUCAUCUAGCUUGUGGUCUGGGGUCCAUCCUUUUUUUAGGAAUAGGCAUGUGGUUGCUCUUUGAAAUCCUCAGCGAUUGGUUCACAAAUCCAAGCUCAGCUCCCCAACAUGGCCAUGGAUUUGUUCAUCUGCAGCAUACACCCUCGAUUUCUAGCUGUGCGUACAUUCCGUUGGCUGGAACUUCUCUGCAUCCACAGCGUCAUCAUCAAGGCCACACCACAUUGUCCGUAGAGUAAAAUCGUCGAUCACUGACAGAAUCCUUGGCCACAAUUGACCAUCGGUGGUGGAUCGAUCGGAUCUCGAGAUGGCGAGCGUGCCGAAAGUCCAGAUGAAUCUGUGGAUGCUACUAGGCAGUUUACAGGAGCAGCAAGGAUCCACCGAGUCGCGCAGCAGCAAUUCCAGAUCGAUGAAUAGCUCGUUGUGGAGCCGUCUUCCGAAAGAAGUGCUCGAGAAGGUGCUGAUGCAGCUGCCUCCUGUGACCCAGUUCCGACUUCGUGCCGUGUCCAAGGAAUGGCGCGCUCGGCUCUCGAGCGUGGAGUUCCUUCGGCUCAGCGCUUCGUCCAGUGCUCCGAGCUCAGCACCUCCGAUGUUAUGCGGACUGGACCACCGCAUCCUGCUGGGAAAUGAGACCAGCGACACCCUCGCAGACAUAAACGUCGAGGACGCAGCCAGAUGUACGAUCUGGAAGAAUCACGAGCUGGACUUAUCGUUCCUGCCCGCAGAGCUCUACGACAGCCCCUGGGAUCUGGAUCACUACUUGUGCGCCGAUGGCCUGUGGUACUACAAUUACAGGAAGUCGAACGAGGUCGGCACGUGCGUGCUGAACCCCAUGACGAGAACUUGGCGCAUUCUGCCCAAACUCCUGCUGGAGAAUCUGUGGAUCGCGGCCGAAGAUACUCACCUUAAACUCGAAGUCGUCAACAAGUGCAACGAGAAUUUGCAGCUCGAAUUCACCGUCCGCUAUGCAUUCUACGACACCGGCACGGGCAGACUGCUGGUCUUCGUGUACUCGUCGCUCUCGGAUGACUGGAAGUGCAUCCCCAUGGUCGACACGAUUCCCACGUCCAAAGCCACCAUCUGGGUGGCCUUGUACUUCUGCUGCGGCAUGCUGUACCUGUUCCACGAUCGGGGCCAGUUCGUGACGACGCACAGUCUCGAGGACGGCAAGCUUCUGAGGACCGGCAGCCUGGAAUUCCCCUGGCCCUCGAUCGUGUCCCCGGACAAGUGGGGGACCGAUGCGUUGGAGCUCGAGCUGAGCGUGUUGGAGCUCGACGAUCGAGAAAUCUUCGGCGUGACCUCGUUCCAUGAAGAAGUGCAGACCCAGAUCUGGAAGCUCGAUCACAGCACGCUGGCGUGGGAGCGGUUCUCGACCAUGCCCAAAGGGCUGCACGAGUCCUUGGUCGAGUCUGCGGGCAAGGUGAACGGCAGGUUCCCCGACCUGUCUCAGCUCAACGACGCAGUCGGCGAAUUCAUCACCCUCAGAUUUUGUUUUGAGUACCCGGAGAGCAGCAGCACGAAUUGCGUCUGUCACACCAACAACUGUAACAACAAUCACGACGAGAACUCCGAAGCCAGGACGUCGUCCACGACGGCCUCGCAUCCGAUCGACUGCGCGCUGUUCUCGGAUCUUCGACACUCGUGCCAUCGAAUCGCCUGUCAUGUUCCGACGGGCCGUUGGCAUGUUGUAUACGAGAACGUAGGUCAAUGCGAGGCUUUCUUAGAUGACACCUUCUUACCCUUUGUGCCCAGAUUAGACUUGUUCCUCUGAAACUCAUUUCUUCAGCAGUGUGUUCAUAGUAAAUUAUACGGAGGCUGUGACUGACAUCCACACGAUGCUUUGAAAACCAUACGAGCCGUGACAAGCGGAAAUCACAAGCUCUGUCCGAGGUCUGUGCCAGAGAACUGAACUGAUGCCAGUCAACACUCCUGCAGCAUUUUCGGUACGAAAUUGUAACAGGCUUACAGCAAACUUCACUUGUAGGUUGUGGAUGGAUCGACCAUAACUUCAAGCACGACGGUAGUUGACAUGAAGUUGCGACUGCCUAACACAUGUUUCAAUUCUGGCAUUUGAACUCUAUCAGUGCGGCGUUUGCUUCCACACGAAUGAAGCACGACUAUUGCAAAUGUCUUCAAUGGUGCAAGCAAUUGUUGUAUAUUAUGUUUAAUGCCCGUGGGUUUUGUAAAUCUCGAAGGAAGGACUGGGAAAACAACCACACACGAUGUACAGUAAGACCUCCUUGUUGUCACGUAGUUGGUGACACAAGUCAUAUGAUCACAUACAAGGUCAAGCAACAAACAUAUGGAAAUCUUCGAUGAUCUCUAAUAUCGAUAAUUCCCCCAACAUAAAAUAUAUUUCCAAUUCGCGUCACUCAAUUCUAAUUUGUUACAUGUGUAAUACUGAAACAUAGGAGCAUUGUGAGAUCCGAGUUGAUUAUUCUACGGAGAGUCCACUGUAUCUUUUUCAUGAUAAGACAACUAAGUUAGCAAGGGUAAGCAAUGCCCAUGAGAGCCCAAGUAAGUAGGCUGAAAAAUGCCAUAAAAC